ACACAGAGGCGCAGCCGCGACCGCACUUGACUCGAAGCGACUCUCCCUCUUCCGCCUGUAGACGGCAAAAGACCCACCGCACCCUUUUCCUCCUCGCAAAUGCCGCUUCCUUGCUCGGUCCUUCGUCGCGUGUGAGCGGCGGCUAGGGCGCGACGAGGUGGUAGGGAGGGAGGAGAGAGAGAGCGCCCUCGUGCGGCGACAUGGGGGAGAUGGAUUUGGGUGACAUGGUGCUCUCCUGGUCGCUCCAGGAGAUCAUGGACGACGACCUCUACAGGGGCAAGGUUGAGACUAUCCCCUGCAACUUCAACUCACUUGAUCAGUAUCUCAACUCGUAUCGUGCACCUCUAAUUGAAGAAACAAGGUCAGAUCUAUGCUCAUGCCUUGAACUCAUCAGUGAAGCACCCUCGUCGAAAAUACUGUCCAUGGAGGUAGCAGGAAAAUCAGGAUUAUACUUUAUGGAUGUGGACUUUUGGGACAACGGAGCUGGUUUUUCUACUGAAACAUAUACUGCGAGAAAUGGUGACAUAUUUAUUUUGUCUAGCAUGAAACCUGAAGCUGCAGAGGACUUCAAUCGCUAUGGUGUGACAUAUAGCUUGGCAAUUGUUACUGAGGUUUCUUUGGAUGAUGAAUACCAGAAGGGCUUCAGAGUUAAAGUUGCAAAAGAUAUUGGUUUGGAAGAAGACUUAAAUAAACUCAGACAUGCGAUAUUUCUUAAUAAUAUCAUGACAAACAUCCGGAUAUGGAAAGCACUUUCCUUUGACACGCAUAUGGAUAACAAUUUUACAGUAAUUAAGUCACUAUUAGCCCCCACAAAUUUGAGUGAUGAUAUAUGUGGUAUCUGUGUCAAACAUGAUGGAGACUGUUUGACUUCUUUUACAGAGCAAUUGCUAUCGAUUAAUCUUAAUAGAUCGCAAGUGGAUGCUAUUGAAUCUGUCAUCUCAGCUAUCCGAUGCAGGCAUAUGGACCACACAAAGCUAAUAUGGGGUCCACCUGGUACUGGAAAGACCAAGACAGUUAGCGCUUUGUUGUGGGUUCUGGCUUGUUUGAAAUGCAGAACUCUUACUUGUGCUCCAACAAAUGUUGCUGUCGUUGGAGUUUGUGCUCGUUUCCUUCAAAACUUGAAGGAUUUCAAUGAGCACAUUGACGAAAGUAGUCAACCCUUUCCUCUUGGAGAUGUCUUGCUAUUUGGGAACAAGUCUAACAUGGACAUCACCGAGGAUCUUGAGGACGUUUUCUUGGAUUUUCGUGUCGAUGUACUUGUUGAAAGCUUUUCAUUGUUAUCUGGAUGGAAGUACAGAAUAGCUUCAGUGAUUUCCCUUUUUGAGGACUGUGCUUCGCAGUAUGACAUGCUUCUUGAGGAUGAUGGAAAAAGUGACCCAGUUUGCCUUUUGGAUUUCAUAAAGAAGCAAUUUGAUGUGACAUCAUUAGCUCUUAAAAGAUGCAUAAUGAAUUUGUGGAUUCACCUUCCUGGAAGGUGCUUUCCUCGCGAUAAAGUCUCUAAAUUGCUUAAUAUGUUGGAAAAAUUUGGUGUCCUUCUGUGUGAUGCAGACUUAACUGAUGAGAGCUUGAAAAGGGGCCUUGGUUGUCUCUCAACUGAAAAUUCAGUUUGUGUACAGCCUAUGUCUUUUAUUGAGAAGGAACUGGGUGGAGCAAGGUUUACAUGCCUUAAAUUGCUUAAAGAUCUGCAGCACUCGCUCAAUUUGCCCACUGGAGUUGACAAAAUGUGGGUUCAGAGCUACUGCAUGCGUAAUGCAACACUUCUUUUCUGUACUACCUCUAGCUCAUAUCGGUUGCAUCACAUGGAGAUUGCACCCCUCGACGUGUUAAUUGUUGAUGAGGCUGCUCAAGUGCGGGAGUGUGAACUGGUGAUCCCACUACGUCUGCAUUGGUUGAAACAUGUUGUUUUGGUAGGAGAUGACUGUCAGCUGAGUGCAAUGGUUAAAAGUCAAGUAUGCAAAGAAGCUGGAUUUGGAACAAGUCUUUUUGGGAGAUUGGUUUUGCUAAAUUUCGAAAAAUAUUUGCUGAAUAUACAGUAUCGCAUGCAUCCUUGUAUCAGCUCAUUUCCAAAUGCUCAGUUUUAUGAGAGGAAAAUUUUAGAUGGUUCAAAUGUUCUGUUUCCUAGCUAUAAUGAGGAUUACACAUGCCUCCCUUUCGGCAGCUACACUUUUAUAAAUGUCACCGAUGGAAGGGAAGACAAAGAGGGCACGGGAAACAGUAGGAGAAAUAUGGUUGAAGUUGUUGUUGUUUUGCACCUUAUUCAAACUAUUUUUAAAUCUCGGAAAAGGACAGGCCAAGGACUCAGCAUUGGUGUUGUCUCUCCAUAUAGUUCUCAAGUUGAUGCAAUUAAACGGAGACUUGACAAAACGUACGACAAAUGUGAUGGCUUUCAUGUGCGGGUGAAGUCCAUUGAUGGAUUUCAAGGUGAAGAGGAUGAUAUAAUCAUACUAUCAACGGUUAGAUCCAAUGGGAGUGGAGUUGUUGGAUUUCUUGCUGAUUACCAGAGAACAAAUGUUGCUCUUACUAGAGCAAGGCACUGUCUUUGGAUCGUUGGGCAUGCUCAUACACUCUAUAAAAGUGGGACCGUCUGGACAGACCUAGUUGCUGAUGCACAAAGACGUAAAUGUGUUUUCAGUGCCACUGACGACUCAGCCAUGUGCAAGUUGGUUUUGAAAGUAAAGCAAGAGCUCGAUGAACUUGAUGAUCUUCUUAACGCUGAUUCAGUGGUUUUCAGCAAUACCAGAUGGAAGGUCGUUGUCAGUGAUGAGUUCAGAAAGUCUUUCACCAAAAUAAAGUCACCACACCUUAGGGGGGAAGUACUCCAAAAGCUUAUCAAACUGGGCGGUGGUUGGAGGAUAAAAGUUAAGAACUUAGACAUACCUGGUGGUUUCCAUCUUGCAAAAGUGUACAAGGUCAGGGACCUUUAUCUUGUUUGGAGUACUGACCUGGAGAAAAAUGAAACAAGGUAUCGCCAGAUAAUAAGAAUUUGGGACCUACUGUCGCAGCAACAUGUUGCGAGAACUGUUCAGCGACUCGAGAAUCUGUUUUCCAUGUACACAGAUGAUUACCUGGAUCACUGCAGAAGAGUGCAGACACAGGGGAAGCUGGAGGUUCCUAUGGUUUGGGAUGUUGAACAUGAUAUUAUUCGCUAUAAGAAGGAUUGCAAAGCUGAUGCUCAGGAAGAGCAAGAUCUCGUGGAUAGGUCAUAUGCUAUGGAAAAUUCGAAAGUUAGCGAAUGCUUCUUGCUGAUGAAAUUCUACUCUUUAUCAUCUGGAGUGGCAAAGCAUUUGCUGACAGCUACUGAUGGAUCUGAAAUUGAUAUCCCCUUUGAACUAACUGAUGAAGAGGAGGUGAUAAUCCAGUUCCCGCUCACUAGUUUCAUACUUGGGAGGUCUGGCACCGGAAAAACCACUGUACUAACAAUGAAACUGAUUCAAAAAGAGCAACAGUCACUGAUUGCAUCCCAAGGUCUAAAUUUGGAUGCAAUAUCUGGGGCGAAUGACAAAAAUAUUAUGCCAGUGAAAGACGUUGGAGAAAGUUCUGUGAAACAAGUGUUUAUCACUGUAAGCCCAAAGUUAUGUUCAGCUAUAAAGAAUCACAUUUGCAGGCUUAAAAGAUUCAGCUCUGGUGAUGUCUCUGAUGAUACUAGCAUUCUUCACAUGCAUGAUUCCAUAGAUGACCUGGAAGAGUUCACAGAGAUUCCUGACAAUUUUAGUGAUCUACCUCAUGAGCACUAUCCUCUUACCAUAACAUAUCGAAAGUUCCUGAUGAUGCUGGAUGGGACAUGCAAGACAUCAUUUUUUGAUGUGUUUUAUGGUGAAGUGAGGUCCAGCAAUGACAGAGAGCAUUCUAAAUCUCGUGCAUGGCAAACUUUUAUCGAAUCAAAGGAAGUUACAUAUGAGAAAUUCGCUUCUUUCUAUUGGCCUCGUUGUAACGCAGAUCUGACAAAGAAAUUUGAUUCUUCCACUGUCUUUACUGAAAUAAUUUCCCACAUAAAGGGUGGAUAUCAAGCAAGCAGGCCUUAUACUGGCAAACUUGGUAGACAAGAUUAUGUGAUGCUCUCAGAUAAAAGGUUUUCAUCUCUGAACAGUGAGAAGAGAGAUAAGAUUUACGAUAUUUUCCUUGACUAUGAGACUAUGAAAAGCACUGCCAGAGAGUUUGAUCUGUCAGAUUUUGUCAAUAGUCUCCACAGCAGUCUAGUAUCCGAGGGCUACAACGGAGAUAUGGUUGAUUUUGUUUACAUAGAUGAGGUGCAGGAUCUCACCAUGACACAAAUAGCACUUCUUAAGUAUGUCUGCAGGAACUUCAAGGAAGGAUUCGUUUUUGCUGGUGACACAGCACAGACUAUAGCAAGGGGUAUUGAUUUCAGGUUUGAAGAUAUCCGUUCACUAUUUUAUACUGGAUUCCUCAAAGAAACUGAAGCGUUUAAUCAAGGAGUUAAGAAAGGAAAAAAAGUCCAUCUCUCUGAUAUGUUCCAACUUUCCCAAAAUUUCCGUACACACUGUGGCAUCCUUCGUAUGGCACAAAGUAUCAUGAGCCUUUUAUACUUCUUUUUCCCGUCAAGUGUUGACAAACUUAAUCCAGAGACUGGACUUGUAUAUGGAGAAGCUCCUGUGCUGCUGGAGUCUGAUAAUGAUGAAAAUGCAAUUAUGACUAUUUUUGGAGAAAGCAAAAGUAAACAUGGUAACCUGCAUGGGUUUGGUGCUGAGCAAGUCAUACUAGUUCGUGAUGAUGCGACCAAAAAACAAGUUGUUGAUCUUGUUGGUAAACAGGCUCUUGUUUUGACUAUUGUUGAAUGCAAGGGACUUGAGUUCCAGGAUGUGCUGUUGUACAACUUUUUUGGUUCGUCACCUUUAAGAAACAAAUGGAGAGUUCUGUAUGGCUACAUGAAAGAUAGAAAUAUUAUAGCACAAUCUGAGGAGGUCUCUCAUCCGGAUUUUGACAGAAGCAAGCAUUAUCUUCUCUGUUCAGAGCUGAAGCAGCUCUAUGUUGCAAUCACACGCACUAGGCAAAGACUCUGGAUAUGUGAGAAUACAGAUGAUCACUGUCGACCAAUGUUUGACUACUGGAAGAAGUUGUGUCUUGUAGAAGUUAGAUUACUUGAUUCUUCCCUCGUUCAAGCAAUGCAGACAGGAAGCAGCACUGAUGAUUGGCGGCUACGGGGAACUAAGUUAUUCAAUGAGGGGCAAUUCAAGAUGGCUACUAUGUGUUUUGAAAAGGCUGGUGAUGCACACAGAGAGAAAUGGGCAAGAGCUGCUGGACUUGUAGCAACUGCUGACCGUGUCAUCUCCACAAAUUUGGAGUUGGGCAAGGCUUCAUAUCAAACAGCAUCAGAGAUUUAUGAGUCCAUAGGCAUGCAUGAGAAAGCUGCUGCCUGCUAUAUGAAAUUAGGUGACUACAAAAGAGCAGGUAUGGUCUAUAUGCAAAAAUGUGGUAGUUCCAGGCUUGAGGAUGCUGGUGACUGUUUUGCUGUCACCGAAUGCUGGUCAGAGGCAGCUGAAGUUUACUUCAAAGCUAAAUGUUACACCAAAUGUUUUUCGAUGUGCUCAAAAGGAAAACAGUUGUUCCAUCUGGGUUUGCGAUUCCUGCAACAGUUGGAGGAGGAACAUCUAAUCGAGAAUUCAAAAUCCCUGGAGGUUUCUGCAAUUAGAAAAACGUAUCUGGAAAAUUGUGCGCAACAUUAUUUUGAACGCGGUGACAUAAAGCUUAUGAUCCCUUUUGUCAAGGCUUUCAGUUCUAUGGAUCAUGUACGGGCAUUCUUAAACUCUAGGAAUCUGGUUGAUGAACUGUUGAGUUUAGAGAUGGAGAUGGGUAAUUUCCUUGAAGCUGCAGCAAUAGCAAAGCAUAAAGGAAAUGUCUUACUGGAGGUAGACAUGCUCGAGAAGGCAAAUUUGUUUGAGAAUGCUACACAUCUUCUCCUUCUACAUAUCGUUGUAGAUUCCUUGUGGUCUUCAAAUAGUAGAGGGUGGCCUCCAAAAAGAUAUGCAGAGAAGGAACAGUUGCUUGCAAAAGCCAAAGAGAUGGCGAAGAAUGUAUCUGAGUUCUUCUACUGUUUUGCUUGCUUGGAAACUGAUGCAAUGUCUGAUGUGCACAAGUCUCUUCCCAGUUUAAAUACCACUUUGCUCGAGAGCAGAAAAUGUGGGAACUUGUUUGUUGAACUAGUAGCUUCCCGUUCAAUUCUUGAUGUUCACCUUCAGUCUCGUGCCUCUGGAUACAAUUUGGAAUUAGGGCCAGGAUCUGAGGAUGAAAGUAGUUGCAGUGGUAUGUUGGCUUGUAACCAGAUAUCACCCCAAACUCUAGUGUAUUUCUGGAAUCACUGGAAGUCCAUCAUAGUCAAAGUGCUAUGUCAUCUUCGCCACUCUGAUGGUCUCGAAUCAAAUGAUUAUGCAAUUAUGUAUGAAGAUCUUUGUGCCAAGUACUUUGGGUGGAGAAAAGAUGAUGAAGAUGACCGAUAUGUGGUGCUUAACAUGAACUCAAGUUGGCUUUCUAUCACUGGUAGAAAUUCUUUGCAGCAAGAUGGCAACAGAUGUUGGCUGGAUGUCCUUCAGUGUCAUUCAUGUGCUUUGCAUUUCUGCAUGAACGAGCUGUCUUCUGUUGGUUUGAGUGUACUUAAGAAGUUGGAGUCUUUUGUUCAAGUUCCUCCAAAGCAGGCUUCCUCAUAUGCCCUGGUGAGGACUGUCCUUAUGAUAAAUGAAAUAGCAAAGUUUUUGGAAGAACCAGAGUUCAGUAUGCCAAAAAGUACCAUAAAGUUAAAAAGCUUCUUUGCUCUCUGUGAACGUCGCUUUUUUGAGUUAGUUUUUCUUCUCUGGAGAGAUGGGACGGCAAGGAGCCUCUUGUGUGUACUUGACUCACCAACUGCAUAUGGUUUGAUUGCUGAUUCCCUUGGUGCAUAUCUUCGGCCGACAAAUAAGAAUUUGACUCACGGGCAUCUUGGCAGAACAACAUUGCUUCUGCUCCAUGCAGCACGACUGGAUGAUGUGCUAAUUUCAAGACUACAACAGUAUCUGGACAAUAAUUCUGAAUGGACUGAUUUUUUUCGAUGUUUGAAGAGAUUUCUUGAUACUGGUGUCGAUAGAACCUCCUUGAUCUCGAACUUUAAGCUUGCCCUUGAUUUUACCUUCAAUGAGGUAGAGUGGAGGGAUGAACUGGAUUACAUAUCCCCAAUAUGCUAUGUGGGUCUUAUUGAGUGCCUUGCGUUCCUGUCUUCAGCCUACCUUAUACAGAAUGAUUGUAUAUUCUGCACAAGUUCUGUGUUGGUCAAUAUGCUGGAGUGCCGUACCAGCAAGGUUUACCUUGAUACCUGUCUGGUAUCUAAUUCAAGCCCAGAUUCUGAUAUGGAUCAUAUUGCACGCUCAACGGGGCGUUUCAUAUCUCAGACAAUUAUGACCAUCUUAACAAACAAGAAUAUGCUCCGGGAAUGGGCACGGAUGACUUCAACUCCUACUAGUUCGUACAUUCCAGUCCUUCAGAAACUAGUUCUCACACUCUAUCCAUUGAUUCUAACUCUUUCUGUUGAUAAUUGCUAUGAGGUCACAAAUAGCCUUUUGAAGUGUGGAGUCUUUGAGGAUUUACCUUUGGAGUUCUCUCAGAAGAUUGUACAUGCUUUGCAAAUGAGGUCUCGCACACCGAGCAACUUCACAAGAGUAUUUGCUGAUGCACUUGCUGCGAUCGGAAAUCGUAUGGUAGUUAUUGGUUCACCCAAAGGACGAGGAAUCAGUGGAAAUUUAAAUGCUCAUAUGAUUAGCACUGCAGAUUUGUGUGAUGUUCAGAAGGUAAUGGCUCUUCUUCGUCCGGAAGAGCUGAGUUCUGUAAAGCAAAAAACUCUAUUGCCAGAAGAAAUCAAAUCUAAUGGUAAAAAAGUCUCCAAUAUUCUCUCUGGGAACUUCCUGAAGACAUCAAAUGUACGAGAUAAUAAGAUGGAGAGUACAAAAGAAAUGGAUUUAAGUGAUGAGAGUAUUCCCUUCUGGGAGAGGUUUGAGGCUUUUCAAGUCAACAAGCAAGGCCAGCAAGAUGCAAGGGUAAUUAGUCGGUUCCUUGUAAGUGCAAUUUCAUGGCUGGAGCAAAGAAUCCCUACAGAAAAUGUUGAUGUGCAAUUGUUUGAAGAGGUCAAGCAAAUCUGUGAUGAGUUUGCAAAGAACUGUGCAAGGGCGAAGAAGAGAGUGACUGUUGAGGAUCUAUUACUAAGGUGGGAGGACGGUGAGAGCAAACUGCAGACGUUCAUCAGCUUGCUGCGUUCCCAGAAGGCAUCCAUGGAAGGUGACAGAAGGAAUGAAGCUGCCGCGGCGGUCGAGGCGCACAGUGCGGACCAACAGACUGGAUGUUCUGACAAUGAGCCUGACGCAGGAGGGAGUAAUGAGGUGGAAUCGGUCGAGGAAGAAGCGGCCGCGCCUGCCUCAACCUCGAAAAAAGCCGCGCAGAAGCAGAAAAAUAUGAAGAAAUCCAAAAAAUCGAAGGGGCGUGGCAGGAAGUGAGUCGCUGUUGCUGUAUGCCGUGGCGUUGCUUCGCACUUGUACGCUGUUGCCUGGAUUGGAUAAAGCCUUGUAGAAGCAACUGAUAGCAAGGGCUAGUUUUGGUUUAGAUGUACCGAAGACUGUGUUAUUGCCUUGAUGAUGCUACUACUGGAUGUCCGUACUUUUAUGUUAUAUAGCGUACCCUUUU